AUGCGGGGGUCUCAGGGGUUGCCCGGGGGGUCCCGGGGGUGCUCGGGGGACCCUGCGGGGCUCUCGGGGGACCCCGCGCUGCUCCGGGCCCGCAGCCCGGGCCUGGCCCGGCGGCUCCGCGGCCUCGUCGUCCGGGGCCGCUUCGUGAGCGACGCGGAGGCCGCGGAGCUGCUGCGGGAGGUGGAGCCGGGGCUGCGCCGAGGGCGGUACCAGAGCGACCACUGGGACCGGGCCAUCUGCAGGUACCGCGAGACCGAGCGGGAGGUGCUGGGGGCGGGGCGGGCGCUGCUGGCCCGGGUGACCCUGUUCCCCAGAGCCCCCCGCGCCCGCAUCCACGUCCUGGACCUGCUGCCGGGGGGGCACGUGGGGCCCCACGUGGACAGCGCCAAGUUCUGCGGCUGCACCAUCGCGGGGCUGUCCCUGCUGUCCCCGAGCGUGCUGAGGCUGCGCAGCCUGCGGGACCCCCAGGACUGGCUGGAGCUGCUGCUGGAGCCGGGGUCCCUCUACGUGCUCAGGGGCAGUGCCCGGUUUGAUUUCACCCACGAGAUCCUCCCGGACCAGGAGUCGUUUUUCGGGGGGCUGAGGGUGCCCCGGGGCAGGAGGGUGAGCCUGAUCUUCCGCAACGACCCCCCCGGUGAGAGACCCCGAGAACACACCCCAGAAACACCCCCGGGAACCCCCAAAAUCACCCCUGGGAACCCCAGAAACACCCCUGGGAACCCCCAAAAAAACCACCCCUGGGAACCCCCCAGAAACACCCCUGGGAACCCCCAAAACCACCCCGGGAACCCCAAAAAAACACCCUUGCGAACUCCAAAAUAACCCCACCUGGCAACCCCCCAAAAUCACCCCUGGGAACCCCCCAAAAACACCCCUGGGAACCCCCAAAACCCCCC